UAUUCAAUCACCGUCGUCUCUGUCUUCUAUAAUGAUCUCCAUUGUUACCGAACACCAUCAUCACCCUUCCCUCACUCACAACGCCGUCGCGACCAAACCCCCCCCAUCUUCAACAGUUUCGAUAAUGAAAUCAUCAACGCACCCGUUGGGAAACCAACCCAAUCAAAACAGAAAAUAAGGGAAUAGGAGAAUCAAUCGGGGUGGUGGCCCUUGAGUGGCGGUUGAGAGAGCGGAAGUGAAGGUCACGCGUUUAGGAGUUGCCGGCAACGUUUUCCGAUAGCGGGUGAGGACGCGUCAAGCGGUUAGGUUUUGCCGUUGUGAGGUGGAGCCGUCGUGAGGAUGGGUUUCUUCCGCUGGAGGCGUCGGUGACGGUUGACCUCGUUGGUGACGGUGAGGGCGCGUCGCGGAGGAGCGAGGGUGAUUCCCUUUCGCUCAUGAAGAGAAGACGGGAGAAGGAGAUUUUCGAGGUGGCCGGCGAUGGUCCUUGCGGCGAGUGGUGUCGUCGGCGAUACCUUAGGCCGAGCGGAGACCGUCGCGGCGGCUGGUUCGGUGGAGGCAGUGGCGGCGCGGAAGCAAACCCUUCCCUAGGUUUUCUUUUUUCGAAGGAGAGACUUUGGGUCUCUUUGGUUCUGAGUGCAAGAGACAAAAGGGCUUUGGCCCAUUUUUGCCUCUGACAAGAAAGGGAAUAUGGAGGCAAAUUCAGCUUCAUAUGAACAUGAGGAUCAAGAUGAAUAUGUUCUACUUGACUUGGAUAGUGUUUCUAACUUAAUUAACCUUCCAGCAAAUGCCAAGUAUGUUCUUACUGGCCUUGAUACGUUAAACCCAUUAUUGAUCAUUGAUGACAAAUUUAAGCUGAUUGGGCAAUACGAGGAGUCGAUUGGCACAUGUCUUGCUUUUACGGAACAAGAUGCCCCUGUGGAUAAUGAAGAGACAGGAUCAUCUGAAGUGAAUCUUUUCUCUAGAACAAGACUAAGUGAUUCAAGUCAAACUCCAACAAAGCAAGUGAAACCUUUUUGUCAACUUCACAAGAUUCUCAAGUUUAAACUAUCACCCGAUUCUGAAAUCCACAGCAUCAUCACAGAUGAGGAGGUCAAGUGAAUAUAAUGCUUACGAGAGAACAUGGGAAUGGGUGCCAUGUGUACCUUUUUGAAAAAUUACCUUGUUCCUUGGAUUUUCUUUUAGAUUUGUACAUAGAACAGAACCUUUUUCAAACAUUGUUCUUUUGUAGGUGUAUAUCCAUACUAUUAAAGUAGUAUUAAUCAUUUAAGGUGUCAUUCAUAAUCA